GCUGAGAGUGUCAUUGUUAGACUUUCUGCCUCCCGUUUCGAUACGUUUCUCUUUCACUCUUGGAAAAAUGUGCUAAAGUAGAAUCUUUUGGUAUUCUUGUAAGUAAUUCUCACUCGAGUCGCGACCAAAUUCGUUGAGACCACACAGCCGCCAACAAGUAUAAAUUGAACUAUUCUGUUUGUGUACCGCAAGAAGUAAAACCAAAAACUGCAAACUAUGGCCACCGCACAAGAACAAAAAUGCGAGAUCUCCAAUGUGAAUGAGUUGGUCGAGGUGCCUGCUCAGCCAUUGCAGAUGGAGCAGGGGCAAGAGAAUCCUGAGAAUCUUGAGAAUCCAGAAAACCAGGAUUCUCUCGAGGAGGCCAUAUACGAAGUACAGUACCAACAUCCUUUGGAGCAUGUGUGGACUUUAUGGUAUUUAGAAAACGAUCGCACCAAACACUGGAAGGACAUGCUGAACGAGAUCACCCAAAUUGACAGCGUAAAGACCUUCUGGAGCUUGUAUAACACCAUCAAAACGCCAUCAGAGUUGAAGACGGGAUGCGACUACUCCAUGUUCAAAACGGGCAUAAAACCCAUGUGGGAAGAUGAGGCCAAUAUCAAGGGUGGUCGCUGGCUGCUCACAUUUGGCAAGAGUUCCAAGUCAGAGCUCGAUCGCAUUUGGCUGGACAUUCUGCUGAUGAUGGUGGGCCAAACCUUUGACUAUUCCGAUGAGAUUUGCGGCGCUGUGACCAACAUACGCGCCAAGACCAAUAAGAUCUCUGUGUGGACAGCCGAUGGAUCCAACGCCUGCAUUCUUGAGAUUGGCCACAAGCUAAGGACCAUCUUGCGUUUGAAAUCCCACAUCCUGCAGUACCAACUGCACUCGGAUGCCAUGAACAAGGCCAACUCGGGCGUCAGAUCGGUUUACACUAUCUGAACGAUGAGUGGAUGCGGAGGUCCUCUACGUUGUUAUUUUUUUCUAGUUUUUUAUACACCAGAUUCGUAUGUGAGGAAGAUUAUAAAUAUUUGAGGAUUGCAAGGAGAUGCGCCUGCUAA